AUGCAUGCAACAUACGGCAACGGCGGCAACGGCGGCAACAACUGCAACAACAGCCUAAACAGCGUUUGCAAUCAGCAGCAAAUCAGCAACUACAGCAACAACAACAUGAACGCCAGCGGUUUUCUUGGCGCCGGCUGCAGCAGCAAUGGCAGCGGCAGCAGCAGCGAUUAUAUGGCCCAUGCAACAGCUGCUGCUGCUGCAUAUGUGACACCAGCAGCAAUUGCAACAACAACAACAACAAUGCCAGCGGCAGUGAACACAACAACAAUGCUGUCUAAUUACUGCGAUGCAGCCACUAUGAUGAUGGCCGCUGCCGCUGUCAAUGCAAAUCAGUGCCUGCAACAACACCACCAGCGAUUGCUGCUGGCCAGCAGCAACAGCAGCCACAGCCACAGCAGCAACAACAGCAAUAGCCAUGAGCAGUUGGCCACGGCAGCGGUCAUGGCCUCCUCCUCGUCCUCAGCUGGCUCGCUGUCGUCGGCAUCGUCCACACCGACAGCAACGGCCGUCGCGACAGCCCAGCAACAACAGCAACAGUCGCUGCCAUCGCCGCCAAAUUUAAUCGAUAUCAGCGAAGUUCCUCUCAUUGUGGAUGUCAAGUAG